GCCUAAAACCCUAGACUCGUUUCCGCACCCGCCACAAAUGGCAACCUCCUCCAAGCUCUUCCGUCGUCUCCGCCCCUCCUUCAACUUCCUUCCCGCUCUUUCUCACUCCCGCCAAUUCCACCUCCUCUCAAACCCUAUCCCUAUCCCUAAAUCUAACUCCAACACUCACCUUCGGAACGCCUUCGCGUUUAAUCAAACUCUCGCUUCCUCCCACUCUCGAUUUUUCUCCUCCGCCUCUGCCUCUCCAGAUGAAUCGGAUUUCGGCGGAGUCGCCGACGACUCUGCUACUCAGUUUGAGGUUUUGGAUUUUGGUGCUACUGCUAGUGGUGAAGAGUCGCUGCUUCCGGUUCAGGGCCUCAUUUCGGUGCUCGAUCACUUCCACGAGCUCACUGGUUUGCCAUGGUGGAUAGUGAUUGCGUCCUCUACUGUGGCUAUGAGAGUCGCAUUGCUUCCGUUGCUUAUUGUGCAGCUUAAGAAGCUGAAGAGGAUCGGAGAGUUGUCUCCGAAAUUGCCUCCUCCACUGCCACCAAUGUUCUCAGGAAAGAGUUAUACUGAUCACAUUUCUGUAUUUCGAAAGGAAAGAAGGGAAAUUGGAUGUCCCUCGUUCUUGUGGUUCCUUGCGUACUUCUCUGUCCAGAUUCCAUGCUUUUUCCUGUGGUUGACUACCAUUCGCAGAAUGUCACUGGAUAAUCAUCCUGGAUUUGAUUGUGGUGGCACUUUGUGGUUCCAGAAUUUGUCUGAAUUACCUCAUGGUGUUUCAGGCCCCAUUUUUCCUCUCCUGAUUGCUGGUUUGCACUAUGCCAAUGUUCAGAUUUCUUUCAAGGCAUCUUCUCUCAAGACAAUGAAGGGGGUGUUUGGCACAUUAGCUAAAUGCUACAAGUAUUAUUUGAAUUUCAUAACAUUGCCUUUAUUUUUUAUCGGCUACAAUAUUCCUCAGGGAAGUCUAGUCUAUUGGGUUACAAAUAGCUCAAUAAGUGUCAUUCAGCAAUUAGCUCUGAAGGAUCCUGCUGUACGUGCAAAGUUGGGGUUGCCAGACAAUGACAGGCCUACAGAAACUGAGAAUUCUGAGAAGUUGGGUAUUCCUGAAAUAUCACCCUUAGCUUCUCCUACUAAAAUGAAGAAAAUAUCUUUACAGAACCUGUCACCUAAAGAACUUGUUAAUCUUUCAAUUCAAGUCUUAUCAGAAGGAGAUAAAGAAAGAGCACUUCCUUUGCUAGGACUUGCUCUUGAGAAAGAUCCCGAGUAUGUACGAGCAUUGAUUGUAAUGGGUCAGACUCUAUUGCAGAAAGAAUUGCAUGCGGAGGCUACUAAAUACUUGGAACGUGCUAUAACCAAGCUCUUUAGUACCGGGGUUCCCACAAGAGUGGAGGAUAUUGAUAAUCUAAUUCUUGCGUCUCAGUGGACGGGUGUUGCCUACAUACGGCAGGGAAAAUUCACAGAAGGGAUUGUACACCUGGAUAGAAUUGCUCAAUUGAAAGAGCCAGAUGAUCCAAAGAGCAAGGCUCAUUAUUUUGAUGGGUUGUUAAUGCUGGCAAGUGCUCUAUCCAAUGUGGGUCGCAAGGAUGAAGCUUUAAAGCACCUGCGCUUGGCUGCUGCUUAUAAUCCUGCUUACAAUGAAUAUGUGGAGCAGUGUGAAAAUGAGGACGAUGGUUUAGUCAGUGAUCUUGCCAGCAGUAGACGAUCCGAUUAUUGAUUCUCAAAUGCAAAUUUUGCUAGGGCAGUGCCAUUUGCACUCAUCUGAUACAGGAUUUUAGAAAUACAACCGGGAGUGCCAAUAGCAUUCCCCUUUAUUUAUACUGGUUUGUAUCUGAUUUGAUACUUGAUAGUACAUUAAUUUUUCAGUUUUAUAGUUACCGAUCAUUGAUUUGUAUCUUUACAAUAAAAUUCUACAAUGUCCUGUCCUGGAUUAAAUAACUUACCAGGCAAAUCAUUAAUGAAAAUCAGUUGUUGAAAUGUCUUGUUC